GAGCCAUGAGAGGACGGCUGCGUUGUGUUGUUGCUCACCUCUACUACCAUCACUACCACUACUACUACCACAACCAUUAAUACCUUUUUACUUUUUACUUUUAUCCUCUUCGCACUACAACUACCAUAACUACUAGGCCGGACUAGUGUACAGUACACCACCACAGUGUACAAUAUCUCUAUUGCGUACUUUAAGGUGUACAUGACAGUGUACAUCUCAGUGUAGCUACAAUAUGGUGGUCAGGAGGUCGUUUGUAUCCUUCAUGUUGCUGUUGUUGUCGCCCUUACUGGCACGAAGCUGUAAGGAGAAGCUGCUUGGCAACAAACCCUUUACUCUUACUCUGAGGGACAGAAAAGUGUCGUUGACCGUGAGACCUGACCACGGCGACGAAUGGUUACUCGGACUAAUGCUUCUCGUCGACAGGAAGGUUUUCGGGAAUGUGACUAUAAUUAAUUCCAGUGAUAAACGACAAAAUAUUUCUGGGUUCCUUGAUGAAACUAAAAUUGAUACAAAUCCAUUAUUGCCGUUGAUGACGCACUUCCUGCCAGGCACUAAGACCACACUCCAGGUGGAGGUGUCCAACAUGGUGAAAAUUAACUUGACGACAUCUUUAGUCAGCAACUGGGAAGAGUGGAGUAUAUCUUCUCGACAAAGUGCCUCUGAAGCAGCCCUGGCACUCGAACUGGUGAACAAACAAGCUGACGAAAACUUCACUCUCUUCUUCGACUGUGAGGAGACAGAGACCGCUGAUGUGACGAGUCAGGGAGAGAGUCCGACUACAGAGGCAGCCAAAAACAUUCAUAACUCAACCCAAUCGCCAACCCUACCGCAAUCGCAUCCUCCCAAGACGUCGAUUGGCAACAUCACAACACCGGUUCUGAGUGUGCUGUUGCUUUUGGUUUUGGCCGCCAAAUUAGUCUAUGUUUGUGUACAGCGAAGGAGCAACCAAGGGUCAACAUUGCCAAGGCCCCCGAUUCCAUUUUCUCAACCACCCGUCGAACUACCACCCAUACCUGGUCACCCUCGGUUCCUUGACAAAGGGAAUCCUUCUUCUCUUAAGCACUGUGUCAAAGAGGGUCACCUGAGACUUCCGUUCCAAGGUGCCAGUGUAAUGGUUGGAAAACAAGGCACAAAGACGGGUGAAAAUGACUUUGGCAAUGCAGCAGAGGGCGGGACUCACCUCCGGGAAACAAGUGCCUGGAAAUUGAGAACAAAUGAAAAAGUACGCCUCUCUCUCGCUGAUCACAUCUACGAAAGCAUCACAGACCUAGAAAUGUGUCCACAGCCUUACAACAGCCUCAGCAGCAUUUACGUCCCGUCGUCUCCCACAGAGAACAUGGCCAACGAGACAUUCUACCCCAGAACAUGGCCAGUGAGACAUUCUAACCCAGAACAUAGCCAAAGAGAUAUUCUACCCCAGAACAUGGCCAACGAGACAUCCUACCCCUAAAGCAACCAGUGAGACAUUCCACCUCAAAACAUGGCCAGUGAGACAGUCUACCCCAGAACAUGGCCAACGAGACAUUCUCCUCCAGAACAUGGCUAACGAGACAUUCCACCUCAAAACAUGGCCAGCGAGAUAUUUUACCUCAAAACAUGACCAGCAAGACAUUCCACCUCAAAACAUGGCCAGCGAGACGUUCUGCCCCAGAACAUGGCCAGCGAGACAUUCUACCCCAGAUCAUGGCCUGCGAGACAUUCCACCUCAAAACGUGGCCAACGAGACAUUCCACCCUAGAACAUGGCUAACGAGACAUUCUACCUCAAAAUAUGGCCAGCAAAACAUUCUACUUCAAAACAUGGCCAGUGAGACAUACUUUAAAACAUGGCCAGCGAGACAUUCUACCUCAAAACAUGGCCAGCGAGACAUUCUGCCUCAAAACAUGGCCAGCGAGACAUUCUACCUCAGAACAUGGCCAGCGAGACAUUCUACCUCAAAACAUGGCCAGCGAGA